GGAAAGUAAAUGGACCCAACCUCGGAGCAGCGCUGAACAAAGGCCUGGCUGGCACCUGGCGGCAGAGGACCAUCCCCACUAUAGCCCGACAAUUUACCGUCGUCCGGAAAGACGGGUUAGACCGAAAGUAGCAAGCAGCAAGCAACCAGCUUUGCAGAGGUGAGAGAGAAAGUGAGAAGAGACGAAUAACUCAUUGUCAAACUUCCCCGUCCACGACCAGCCAAUUGAUUGCGCAGCAUCGCAAUCAACGAGCUACCUGUGUUUGAGGCUCCUUUCCGCAUUGCUUCGCUCCCUUCAGUCCGCAUUUCUCACCAUGCUUUCGAGAGUAGCCCGACCGGCUCUGAGGGCCGGUGCUGCUGCUGCGGCUAUUCCUGCUCGCACCGCCCCCAAUGCCGCGACCUACGCUACACUGCGAGAGAUCGAAGGCCGCCUGAAGUCGAUUCGCAACAUCGAAAAGAUCACCAACACCAUGAAGAUCGUCGCCUCUACCAAGCUGACCCGUGCCCAACGAGCCAUGAAUGAGUCCCGCAAGUACGGAGAGACCUCCCAGGAGGUAUUCGAGUCCGCCGAGACGAAACCUCUCGAGGCUGAGGGCAAGAAGACUCUGUACAUUGUCUGCAGCUCCGACAAGGGCCUCUGUGGUGGUAUUCACUCCAGUCUUUCUCGUUUCAUGCGUCGCCAUCUCGGACCCGAUCACCAGCCCGCCGACCUUGUCCUUAUCGGCGAGAAGUCCCGUGCCCAGCUAAGCCGAACGAAUGGCAAGGAUAUUGUUUUGUCCUUCGCUGGUAUCGGCAAGGACGUCCCUACCUUCGCUGAUGCCCAAGCCAUUGCCGACCAGGUUGCUCAGCUUCCCACGGAGUACUCUGACAUCAAGAUUGUGUAUAACAAGUUCAUCAACGCCACCGCCUACGAGGCCAACAUCGUUGAGGCUUUCUCCGAGGAGGCUUUUGCCAACUCCCCCAACUUCUCGGUCUUCGAGGUCGAUGAGGAGCUCCUUAGCAACCUGCGGGAAUAUGCUCUUGCCAACUCACUCUACUGGGCUUUGGCUGAGGGUCACGCCUGCGAGAUCUCUGCUCGCCGCAAUGCUAUGGAUAACGCCUCCAAGAACGCCGGUGAAAUGAUUAACAAAUACCAGAUUCUGUUUAACCGAACUCGUCAAGCUGUCAUUACUGGCGAACUGGUCGAAAUUAUUACUGGUGCCACAGCCUCGGAAGAUAUGUAAAUUGAUUGCAUCUAUAGACGAGUAGAGAAACCGGUGGGGAAAGAGGGCCACAUUGGUGAUUUACAAUUUAUCGCAUCUUCCCUUUGUAUCAAAGUUACCCUAAAGCCAGCCCUCUGUGUACCAAAGCCUCAAUAAAACUAGUUUCACAACUUAUCAUACAGAUGUGCCCGGACAGACACCAGAGCGAUGGCUGAUUAUGGCUGAGGGGCCAUGCAUCGGACCAGGGUAGCCGCAAGUUUCAGUGUCCGCAACGUAGAAGUCAUAAUAAAUUUGAAGGGAGAUGGUUUACUCGACUAUGUAUGCCUCUCGAGGUGGUGAUUAUGUGAAUUAAUGUUAGUCACCAAUCAGAUAAGGCAGCAAAUGAAAUAUAAACAUUGACUAAUCAA